CAUUGACUACUUUGUUUCAUAAGAUUUUAAUUAAAUAAGAAAGCACCGAAUAUUUGAUUUUUCACUCAAAUAUUGAACAGGUCUCAUGUAGCUAGUGAUUAUUUAUUUGACUAUGAUGUUGGAAAUUGUCAGAAUAAAUCAGGAAUGAGAGACACUUUUUGUGUAUAUAUUGCCUAGAUCUAUAACUUUCAUGAGACACAAGUAAAAGAAAUUGUUCACUUUUUGUCUACCUAAUAAAAAAUGGCUCCUUCUACUUUAGCAUUUAUAUUUGUUUUGCUAUCAACUUAUAGUUUCUAUGAAUCAAAUGCCCAGUUGAGUGCUAAUUUUUACUCAAGUACAUGUCCAAAUGUAUCAAGUAUUGUCCAAAAUGUAAUUCAACAAGCUUUACAGUCUGAUGCGCGCAUUGGAGCCAGCCUCAUUCGUCUUCAUUUUCAUGAUUGCUUUGUCGAUGGAUGUGAUGGUUCACUUUUAUUGGAUAAUAAUGCUACAACAAAUAUAGUAAGUGAGAAAGAUGCAGCUCCGAAUGCAAAUUCCACAAGAGGUUUUGAUGUUGUUGACAACAUUAAAACUGCUGUUGAAAGUUCUUGCCCCGGUGUUGUCUCCUGUGCUGAUAUUCUUGCUCUUGCUGCAGAAUCCUCCGUUUCUCUGGCAGGUGGUCCUUCAUGGAAUGUUUUAUUAGGGAGAAGAGACCGCAGAACAGCAAACCAGGCAGGAGCUAAUACUUCAAUUCCUUCUUCGACUGAAGGCUUAAGCAACAUUACAGCAAAGUUUUCUGCUGUUGGCCUUAACGUUACCGAUCUAGUUGCCUUAUCAGGUGCGCACACAUUUGGACGUGCCCAAUGUCGCAUAUUCAGUGCCCGUCUUUACAAUUUCAAUGGCACAGGAAAUCCAGACCCCACUUUAAAUACAACUUACUUGGCUAACCUGAGGCAAAUAUGUCCUCAAAAUGGAAGUGCAACAGCCUUGGCUAAUCUUGAUCCGACAACCUCAAAUAGUUUUGACAACAAUUAUUACACGAACUUGCAGAACAAUCAAGGGCUAUUGCAAUCAGAUCAAGAGUUAACUUCAACACCAACUGUCUCAUCAAUUGUCAACACGUUUAGUAGUAACCAAAAUACCUUCUUUCAGAGCUUUGUUCAGUCAAUGAUUAAUAUGGGAAACAUUAGCCCGUUGACGGGUACCAACGGAGAGAUUCGUUCUGAUUGUAAAAGAGUCAAUUGAAUAAAAAAAAUUGAUAUUUAAUAGAAUUUUUUAUCUUAAAUGAAGUGUUGUUACUCCGUACUGUCUGUAUUUUUCACCUUAUAAAGGAGGGAGAUCAUUAAUAAUAGAAUUGAAGCAAAAACUUUCUGCGCA